AUGGCCAGCGCAGCUCUGGCCGUGGUAGCCAUGCUGCUGCGCGGCCAACUCAUGACCGCCCUUUUGCUGGCCGUCGUCGGAGCCGUCGUCUUUGCCGUCUUUGAUGGUGGUUCAGACUUGCCCCCUGCACCAUCAGAGGAGCUUGCCGGCUCAGGUGCAGAGGGGGCGCGGCCGGACGCUGGUACUCAGGGGCUGGGGUUUGAGCAAAUGAUCACUCAAGUGCAGGCCAGCGUACCGAGCGUCAAACGCGAAGCCAUUCGUCUCGAUCUUGAGAACACACGCAACGUGGAGCAAACCAUCGCCAAUCUGCUGGCGCAGCGACAUGCGCCCAAAACCGAUUUUGAAGCUCGCAAGAAAGCGCUCUACGCUGACGCUCGAAGGCAGGUGGCUCUCUCUCUCGUUCGCUCUCUCUCUCUCUCGCUCUCUCUCUCUCGUGUCUCGUGUCUGGUGCAGGGACGUCGGGUCAACCUGCAUGUGUUGCUUCUGGGCUUGGUCUAUCAUGGAAGUGUCAAGGCCAUUGCUGCACUCGCUGAGCGCGUGGGCGAAGCCUUCCGUCCCUUUGUGCCCGAAGUUCUGCCCGGCGUCAUUGAGCGCCUCGGUGACAACAAGGAGCCUGUGCGCGAUAGUAGCCUUGAGACCCUCAUGAUCAUCAUGAAGGGUGCCGCCACACCACAAACCGUCUUUGACGAACUCGGGCCCGCCUUUCGCCACCGCAACUGGCGGGUGCGGCAUUUUGGAGCCUCGGCGGUCAGCAUCUCUCGCCUUUUGGAUGACCUGAUUGCCAACCUCUCAGAUCCGAACGAGAAUGUGCGCGAGGCUGCCAUGUCUGUGCUGGGCGAGUGCUACCGUCAUAUUGGUGCCCGGUUGCGCCUGGACCUUGAGAAACGCAAGGUGCCGGCAGCCAAGCUGUCCCUGCUUCAAACACGCUUUGCAGCCCUCCGUGACUCUGGUGCCAUGUUGAUUGAAGAUGAAGAUGACGGCGAAGCCUUCCGCCCCACGAGCUCUGACAGCACAACCAGCAACCCCCGCCGUUCUCGCGAACCCAAGCGCCGAGGGUCAGAAUCUGCCAAUCGUUCCCGAGCCAACUCAACGUCCAGCGCAGCCUCGAGCGCAGGUGGUCCCGGCCCACGUGCCUCCAAUGCCAGUAUAAACACACGAGCUGUCUCGUCUCGCAUCUCCUCUCACCUCAGUGCCGGUCGCAACAAGGGCGGCGGAGUCUCCGAAGAAGAGUAUCAAGCGCAGCUAGAUGAAACCAUUCCCCUGUCCAUGGGAGAGCGCGAAGCUUCAUCCUUUUUGAGCGAUGCCAACCGCGUCUUACAGGAUACGUCGGGUGAAUGGGAACCCCGGGCCGAUAUGCUGCGUCAAAUCCGUGCGCUAGCGGCAGCCGAGGAUCUGGAUGUCUACCGCUCCUUGGAUGACGACGUUCGCGCCAUUACAGCUGCGCUUGGCAAAUCGGUCGAAGACCUGCGUUCAGCUAUCGUCAAAGAAGCUUGCCUCACGGUGACCAUGUUUGCCAUUCGUAUGCAACAACGCUUUGCCUACUCCGCCGAGUCCAUCAUGGGUCCCCUAAUGAAUCAAGUGGCAGUCAGCAUCAAGAUCAUCGCCGAUAGUGCACGCCAUUGUUUGCUCUCGCUCAUCAAAAAUGUGCGCCACAGCAAAGUCCUGGCCAGGGUACUCGAGACGCAUACAAGCAAGGCUGUCUUGCAACGCCGUUGCGUAGCCGACGCCGUAGCUUUGGUCUUUGAGGAGUGGGAUGAUGCUCAGCUGCAGCGCAGUCUCAAUAAUCUGAAAACCUAUUUUCGUCACGCGCUGGCGGAUGCUGAUGCUGAAGUCCGCAAGCGUGCCCGUCAAGCUUUCUGGGCCUGGGCCGAGCGCCAAGGGUCUGAAGCCAAUGCCUUCCGCAAUACCUUGGACGCAACGACCCAGAAACGCCUGGACUCUGAUCGAAACCGCGGCGGCGAGAGCUCUUCUCGACGACCUUCGGCUACAGCAGUCCCCUCUGCUCGCGGCAGUGUGGCCCUCCCUCGCCGGCGUACCGAAACCGAGCGCCGCUCCAUCGCCAAGACCAGCUCAAGCGACAAUGUGUUUAACAAAAAGGCCACUGCUCGUCGCGCGACCAUCGCUUCUGCUCGAAGUGUUGCUCCUCGCUCCGAGCCCAACUCUCCCUCUGCGCAACGCCGGCCCACCGCUACCCCCGGCGUUCCAGUUGCGCGGGGCACAUAUGGAGCUCGCAUGGAGGCAUCGGAACGACCCAGCUUCUCGCCAGCUCGCCGUGUUCCAACCAAAACGCCCAGCAAAACCCCUCAACGCCGCUCAACAUUAGACAACGAGCGCACACCCACUGCACAACGCGGACGCUCACACCUGCCCGUGAGCACGCCGGUUUCGAGCACCCAUCGUCUUGCUCGGGCGGCCACCAUCUCAACUGAGUUUGACUCGCCUGGGGGCUCUUCCAUGACGGGUCUGCUCAAGGACAUCGCCACGGGUCUCAAAAAUGCCGACUGGCAAGAGCGCGACCAGGCGUUGUCGCAGCUUCGCACCCUCUUGUGUGACAGCGAGCUGGAACCCGUUGCCAAGGACUUUCAGCGCAUUUGCUCCCUACUUGCCAAGCAGGAGGACAUUCCAGUUGGGUGGAUGCGCGACGUGGUGCCAGGUCUCCUGCUCAAACUGGGCACGAGCGCUCCCGUCACAGUGCAGCUCGAGGUACAAAAGCUUUUGGAUCAGGUGGCCAUGACAUUUCCGGCAGAUGUGCAGUUGUUUCACGUAUUACGCACCCUACUUGACCCUUUGGCCAACCAUAAUCACAAGGCCAAGAACGCCAUGAUGGAAUUUUCUGCAGUAUUGCUGGAGCGUAUGAGUGCCGCCGACUUGGCCAGCGUACAUGAUCAGUCGUCUUCAUCCUAUCGUGAUGCCGUGCGCCUCAUGAUUCAGCUCGCAGAAGAGCCCAAAUCAGCAGAGCUGCGCCGGACAACCUCGGCCAACCUUUUGAGCAUGUGCAAGAUCAACCCUCCGCUCAUGCGGCGGGCCAUGGCAGCGCUCAAACCCGAAGAAGCGGAGCCGCUGGCGGUUCUUCUCGAAGCAAACAUACCAGGAUGGGAAGAAUCGGAGGCUCCUCUUGUCAGCGCUUCUCGACCAGAAUCUGCUGGAAAGGCACCCGCCUCGCCAGAUAUGCGACGGGUUCUUGCCACAUCUGGGCUUCCCGUGGCAUCGCCCUCGACAGCGCGAUCGGGUCUCUCAUCUCCCAGCCACAGUGGCUUGCCCGUGGCGACACACAGGCCUCCAAAUGGAGCUGAGCGCCAUUAUAACCCACACACAUACCAGGCUGAGCGUAGUCAAUCAGGAAGCCAAUCGGGUAGCGAACCUGAACUGGCCACACGUUUGGGUACCACCGCACUUGCCAAGGAGGCCCCAGAGGACUUGAAUAACCACAACAAUCACCACGGCAAUGGCUUGUCGCGGACGGGCUCUACGCUGAGCGUGGACGCACCCGCCACAUCGCCCCCAGUACCACAAUCACCCCACCUGGUCGUUGCAGGGCGUCAAGUUGCCAUUGGCGAUGCCAUUGACACCUUGGAUGGUCGGACAGACUCGUAUUCCUUGCAAAUGCUAGCAGCCAUGCACAAACUGGUGAAGGAGGAUCCUGCACGGGUCACGGGUCACAUGGAUCGUCUGAUUAGCUCCAUUUUGGCGCUCGUGGCGGAUCAAGAGUUGGCCGUGCGCAAGCAAAGCCUGCGUAUUCUGAGUCAUUUGAUCCAGCAGCAAGCCGCCUAUUUUGACGGCGAGUACGAGAACGUCAUCACCACGCUGUUGGACAUUCAAAAGAAUGACACGCACGCAGAGAUUCUGCACAAGUGCAUGGAGAUACUUACGCUGAUUGGCAAACAAGCGGAGCCUGUGCGCACGAUUCGGCUCUUGCUGCCCUACGUCAAAGCAGCGCCGACUAGCAAGGAGGAGCAGCAAGGUUGCACCGCUGCCCUCUUUAUGCUGGACAAGAAUUUGGUUCCACGCCUGACGGCUGAGCAGGCGCUCUCCAACUUGAGCUGGAUCAUGCCCGCGAUUCUGGAGUGCUUUGUUAGCUCGAUUGCGGAGGUACGCAAGAGUGGCGUCUUCAUCUCCGUAUCCUUGCAUUUGCUCCUGGGUCGCGAGGCCCUUGAGCCCUACAUCAAUCAACUGAAUCGUGGUCAUCAAAAACUUUUGGACCUGUACGUCCAGCGUAAGGAGACGAGGACAGAGCAGAAAAUGGCCGUGCUGAGCCAUGUACAAUCAACCGAUGUCUGAAGUGGCCCCAAGGUGUUGACUUCCAACAACACUGCGCGCUGGCCCUGUGCUCUCAUUUGCCUUUUCUUCUUUCUGUGUCUUCAAUACUGUAUCUGAUGCUUUCUUUAUUGCCUUUUCCCUCCUGUGUUGAGUCAUUUCAAUCUCAGUCAAAGCU